CGUGCAGAGCUCAGAGGCUAAACUUUCCAAGAGUGCAGAUAAACAGAGACGGAGCGCAUCUGUCUCAGGCACCUGAUGAGCAUCUUCCUCACUCCUGAAACGAGUGGAACAAAACUGUUUUAUUGGGGAUUUUAUCGAAGAAAAGAAGUCUGUUAAAUAUUUGAGAACAUCACCAAGGAACAUUACUUUAUUAUUCCUGGACUUUCGGAGAUGGCACUCUCUUUUCCACGCAGGUGUUUGCUGUUGUUGUGUUUGACAGCUAUCCAGAGUGGUCAUGCCACUGUUCAGACGUGCAUGGAUAAACAUCAGGUGGUCGGGGUGCUUCGUCAAAUGGAGAAGUUUCUGAAAGGCCAGGAGAUGCGAUUUACAGAGGGCCUCAGGAUCAUGAAGUCGAAGCUGGCGACGCUGCAGAACUCGGUGUCCAAGUUACCUCAAGCAGACCAGUCAGCUGCUCCCACCACCUGCCCCUCCCUGGAAGCCCCUGCUCAUGGAACCAAGUUUGGCUCAAAGUAUUUUGUCGGACAUGAGGUCCAUUUCACUUGUUCCCAGGGAUACCAUCUUGUUGGUUCUGCCACACGUGUUUGCCGGGAUAACGGCACCUGGACUGGCAUCAGUGCAAUCUGUAAAGAUAUAAGUGAGUGCGCCAGUAAUCCCUGUCAAAAUGGUGGUACCUGUGUGGAAGGGGUCAACCAGUACAAAUGCACCUGCCCCCAAAACUGGAGUGGCUCUCACUGCCAGCACCAAACCCAGACAGCGCCACCAGAGUGGAGUGUCAUGAAUGAUCCAGCUUUCAGCCGCAGACCUCGCUGUGCCCAAGUGAACCAGGCGCAGCACUGCAGCUGUGAUGCAGGCUUUCACAUGAGUGGCACCUCUGACAACAGCAUCUGUCAGGAUGUAAAUGAAUGUGAGGUGUACCGCCUCGACCAAGGAGGGAAACUGUGUGUCCACGAGUGUGUGAACGUCCCGGGUUCGUACCACUGCUCUUGCCCCAGCGGUUACAAGUUGCUCUCGGAUGGGCGGAGCUGUGAGGAUGUGGAUGAAUGUUUAAGCCAGCAGCACAACUGUAGCCGAGGGACAACUUGUAUCAACACAGGGGGAGGCUUUCAGUGUGUCAACCCAGAGUGUCCACGUUCUCAUGGCAACAUCAGCUAUGUCAAGACAUCUCCCUUUCAGUGUGAGAGAAACCCCUGUCCCAUGGACAGCCGCUCCUGCCACCUGGCUCCCAAGACCGUGUCCUUCCAUUACCUGUCUCUGCCCUCCAACCUGCAGACUCCUGCCACGCUUUUCCGCAUGGCGACCGCAGCUGCCCCCGGGCGCACCGGGCCAGACAGCCUGCGCUUCGGCAUCGUGGGCGGAAACUACCGUGGCAUCUUUGUCAUGCAGCGUUCCGACAGACAGACUGGUGAGCUGAUACUGGUGCAGCAGCUGCGUGGGCCCCAGGAGAUCAGCGUUGACGUGGACAUGUCUGAGUACACCGACCGCACCUUUCAGGCCAAGCAUGUGGCCAGAGUCCACGUUCUGGUCUCACCUUACAACUUCUGAGAGAAAGGAAGCAGACCACAGACUGAAAACUGAAGAAGAACCAGGAAGAGUGGAUAAUGGGCACUGACUUUACUGAAACUGUUUCCUCAUCCCCAAAUUACUAAAAGAGUGGGAAAAGCAAUAUUUAAUAGUUAUAUUAUAAAUCCAACAAUAUAUGGCAAAACGCACCAUAGAUGCUUCUUUGCAUAGUGUCAGUACAGUCUAUAAAUAGUGGUUAUAUUUGGCUCAGUGUGUUCGAAUUCAUGAGAUCUACCUAAGCAAACAUAGAAUUAAUUAGUUGGGAGGGAUGGACAGCUAUUUUUGUCAUUGCUGUUACUUUAUUGUUUGUAUUUUUAUGUUCAUCAUAGAUAAUGUCUGUGUAGCUCAGGGUCAGGCCCCGGGGCUGAUGCACUGCCCUCGUUUUUACUGAUGACAAAUCCCUGUAAGACAUUAGUGCUCCUGCAGCUCUAAUUUAUUAGAAAUAUUGUUGCUGGUUUUUACAAUGUAACAUACUGUACGCCACAUGUUUAUCUUUGAUCAUAUACUGUAUAUUUGUUUUUUGUACUAGCUUGCUUUGUUUAAGGUACCAUUCAUUGUACUAAGGGAGUUUUUUUAAACAGUAGCUGCAGUACUGUACCUGGUUUGUUUUCCUCUAUUUCUCAUUUUCUAUAUGUUACCCAGAAGGAGUCUCAUUAUAUCCUAAAUCGACGAUGAUUUUUUGGCAAACUUGCCAAUGUACUACACAAUUUAUCUGGAAUUUUAAUUGCCUCUACAUAACUGAAAUAAAGUCAGUCUAACAUUUCA